GCCGUCUCUGGCAAGAACGGCAGACUUAACAAACACAGCCAGAAAAUGAGUUGUGCAAGAGUCCUCAAUGCCGUUGGGAGUUACCGCCAGUCUGCCAAAAUGCCGGUCGACCUCGCCGUGGGCCUCAGCCAGCAUCAACCUCUCUACCAGCGGCUGUCCAUUUCUUCCCUGAAGCCAGGACCGCGUCAGCAUCAGCUCACCGGCCGUCACUCUCUGCUCCACUCCUCCUCCUCCUCCCUCUACUCGUCCUCACCGCGGCCCUCCUCCCCCGCGCCCUCAGAGCCCCGGAGCUGCUUCCGCAGGGACGCCGGCGGCAGUCCGAGCAAGAAGCGCGUGGUCUUCGCCGACGCCAUAGGACUGGCUCUCACCGCGGUGCGGCUGUUCAUCGCCGAGCCCUCUGCCAUCGCCGCUACGCUGGGGAGGAGGCCCUCCUUUGCCCAGCUGCAGAGCCAACAGUGGACCUCAGACAAACUCCAGCGCAACCGGCUGAGCUUCCCCCGGCCGACGCUCGCCCUCCCAGCCUCCCUCGCACGCCAGCAGGACUCGUGCGUCCAGUUGGAGAGCUGCAACGUUUCGGGGCAAUCCUUGAGCGGCAAAGUGCGCGUCAACCAUGUCAGCGUUGACAAGACCGUGCACGUGAGGGCGACGUUUGACUCCUGGCGGAGCCACCAUGACAUUCCCUGCACGUUCCUGCAGCGGCAGCAGCUCGGGGGUUCCGAGGUGGACCUUUUCUCCUUUGAUGUGAGCUUGCCAAAGCACAAAGAGCCAACGGAGCGAGGGGAGUUCUUUGUGGAGUUCUGCGUGGCCUUCAGGCCGCGACCCGGCGCGACGCCACACUGGGACAACAACGGGGGUCAGAACUACAGGGUGUGCGUGGAUGCAGGCGGCUCCAACGGUCACCGAGGCAACGCCUUCCGUUGUCACCCCACGCUGUCACAGCACCGGCCACCGGCGUCCCCCACCGUGCAGAACGCUGCCGAUCCGCACCACCUUCAGGGGACGUUAUCGAGCCGAGUCAGAGGAGAGUGGAACACGUUGUAAGCCCUCUCGACAGAACCGUGAGAACAAUAAUGUGACUCUAUUUAUUUACACAUAUUUAAGAAAGAGUACGGGCUGAGCCUCCAGUGUCGGAUGCUCUGAAGCUCUACCCUGCCGAGAUGUCGUGUCAAUGUUGUGAUUAAAACCAUAUUUAUAAAGAA